CUCCCCAGCUCACAGGAUCAGUCCAGCGAGAGGUGCUGACGGCUGGGAGAGCGAGCCCUGGUGCUAAACAAGAGCCUUCGCCUCUCCGGGGUGGAAGUGCUUCGGAGAGAGACACCGGCACUGCUGGACCUGCCUCCCCAGCCAUUCUCAUCAGGAUCCUUCUCCCGGACCUGUCUCCCCGGAUGCUUCCAUCAGAAUCUGUCCCCUGGAUGCUUCUGCCCGGCUGGUUCCUUUAGGAUCCGUCUCUCACACGCGUCUCCCUAGGGUUCCAUCGAGAUCCGUCUCCUGGACGCGUCUCCCCGGUGGUUCCAUCGGGAUCCGCCUCUCAGACACCUGUCUCUGGUUCCACCAGGAUCCCUCUCCCAGACGCCUCUCCCUGACUGGUUCCUUUAGGGUCCGUCUCUCAAACGCGUCUCCCUGGCUGGUUCCAUCGGGAUCCGUCUCCCAGAGCCAUAUCCCUCAGAGGCGACUAUCUGGAUCUCAUAUUCAUGCACCUCGCAUAGGGAUCCGUUUUCUGGACUCCUGUCCCCAGCCGAUCCCACAAAGAACCGUCUUCUGGCCUUGUCUCUCCACUACGACCUUCCUUGCCCCGCUCUCUCCAGCCAAUCCCCACACAGAAUUAUUUCCUGGGUUUCUCUCUCUGCUCAGACGCCCUCGCGUCCCCACUAAGAUCCCUGCUUCGCUCCCCUUGGCUUCCUCCUCCUCCAGCAAUGGCUUCUGCAGCGCUGGAGAUCUUGGGCAUGGCGCUCUCGGUGGUGGGCUGGCUGGGCUCCAUCAUCUCCUGCGCCCUGCCCACGUGGAAGGUGACGGCCUUCAUCGGCAACAACAUCGUGACGGCGCAGACCAUCUGGGAGGGGCUGUGGAUGAACUGCAUCGUGCAGAGCACGGGCCAGAUGCAGUGCAAGGUCUAUGACUCCAUGCUGGCGCUGCCCCAGGACCUGCAGGCCGCCCGCGCCCUCACGGUCAUCUCGGUGCUGCUGGCCGUGCUGGCCUUGCUGGUGAGCGUCGUGGGCGCCAAGUGCACCAACUGCGUGGAGGACGAAGGCGCCAAGGCGCGGAUCAUGAUCGUCUCCGGCGCCGUCUUCGUGGUCUCCGGCAUCCUCUGCCUCAUCCCCGUGUGCUGGUCGGCCAACACCAUCAUCCGGGACUUCUACAACCCGCUGGUGUCCGAAGCCCUGAAGCGGGAGCUGGGGGCAGCGCUAUACGUGGGGUGGGCCGCCUCGGCCCUGCUGGUUCUGGGGGGCUCUCUGCUUUGCUGCUCCUGCCCGCCCCGCUCCGAGAGAUACCCACCCCGGGUCGGGUACAUGGCGGCUGCGAGGUCCGGGGUGGGCAGCGGUGUGGACAAGAGGGACUAUGUGUGAGGGGAGCAGAGGAGGGGAUGGAUGGAUGGAUGGAUGGAUGGAUGAGCACAUGGGUGAAGAGAUGAACGAAUGGAUGGAUGAAUGUGUGAAGAGUGAGGGAACGAACGAAUGAACCAGGGAGUGAAUGGCUGAAGAUGUGAAGAGAUGAAGUGAAUGAGGGAGUGAAUGGAUGAAGGUGUGAAGAGGUGAAUGGAUGAAUGAGGGAAUGAGCUAAUGGCUGAAGGAAUGAAUAAAUAAGUGAAGGAGGGAGAGAAUGAAUGUGGGAGGAGAUGAAUGAGGGAACGAAGAAAUGGACAAGUGGCUGGAUGAACAAGGACUAAUGGAUAAUGAGUAGAGGAAAAAAUGAGUGAACAAAAGCAUGGCUGAAGGAACGGAUGAGGGUGCGAACAAAUGAACAAGCGGGCAAAUGAGUGAAGGGAGGAGCAACAAAGCGAGCGAAUGGAUGUGGGAAGGAGUGAGUGAAUGAGACAACGGAUGGA